UUACUAUUAAUUUCUCAUUUCCUUGUUUUUAGCAUUGCUGUUGUUAUCAUCAUUCUUUGUGUUUGUCCCAAUCCUUGUUUGGUUGCUUAGAAGAUACUGAAAGCAAGAGAGAAGGAAAUGGAAUAUUAUUAAACGAAGAUAUUUCUGCAAUUGGAAAGAAAGUUCAUGCAUUCUUUUGAUGGAUUACUUGUGGUGAGAAACUUUUUUCUAAGAAAAUGACGCUGCUUUCGGGAAAAAUGACGUGUGGGGCAAUACAUUCAUGGACAUUUAGCGAGCUAGUGGGUGCAUUUCUUGAUCUUGGGAUAGCGUUUCUAUUGCUAUGUGCAUCAACUCUGGCUUAUUUGGCCUCGAAAUUUUUGGGUUUGUUUGGAUUGUGUCUACCGUGUCCUUGCAAGGGACAUUUUGGGAGUUCUAGAAGUGGUCCCUGCUUGCAAAGAGCAUUGGUGGAUUGCCCGCGGGAGAAAACCUCUUCCGUUCAAUUGUCGGUGAAGAGCACGUUCCCUUUCGAUUUGACAUUGGCUGACGACCCGAAUUACCAAUUUAAUUUGGGGUGGGUGGAUGGGAGAAAUCGUAAGAACAAGCAUGUUGAGAAGGAAGGUGAAGCGUCGAGUAGCUCGUAUAUGGAGAAGGCACAAGAUUUUGUUGGGAGAAGUUUGGUGGGAAGCUACGAAGCUGGUUUUGAGUUCGGUAUGGCGAACGCGCCAACCGUGAAGCAAGGAAGGUUUGAUCUUAAGGGUAAAAGGGCUGCAGAUCAUAGGAAGAGACUUGGUCUUCGGCAGCGCCACAAACGGAGGGUUGUUGAUUAUGGGAAGUCUUCUACAGUUUCAUCAUAUGAUCCUUUAUGCUUGGAUGCAAAAGAUGGUCGUUGGACUCCCUCCAGUGUUUAUAAGAUAGGGACUGAGAUUACUGAAGAAGGCGGCUCAGUACCUGUUAAUUCUGGAGAUGGCUGGGAAGCACUUGUGGACAUUUCUUGGCAGGAUAGAGUUUCAUGUGGCAUUGAAUUGAAUGAAUCUUUUGAUGAAGAUAAAUCUACAAAGAAGAAGGCAUUACGUGUUGAAGAGUCCAGCUACAACACACAAAGGGAGCUAAGCUUUGAUAGUAAUAAGACACAUACAGUUAGGGUCUUAGAACAAGCACUUGAAGAAGAGCAUGCUACUCGUGCUGCUCUGUACCUUGAACUUGAGAAAGAGAGAUGUGCUGCUGCUAGUGCUGCAGAUGAGGCCAUGGCUAUGAUAUUGCGGCUACAAGAGGAGAAGGCAUUAAUUGAAAUGGAAGCUAAGCAAUACCACAGGAUGAUAGAAGAAAAAUCUACUUAUGAUGCCGAGGAAAUGGACAUUCUCAAAGAGAUCUUACUGAGGAGAGAAAGGGAAAAACAUUUUUUAGAGAAGGAAGUUGAAGCUUACAGGCAAAUGAUUUUUGGAACUGAUCAAUUGGAUGCUGAUAUGGAGGCCAUGCAAGAACCGGGAAUUUCUUCUUUGUUGUAUUCAAGUGAAGAUCAGAUGCUAAUGCUACAGCAUAUUAGCAAAUCCUUGAACGAGAAGGAAAGGUUGGAAAACACAAGUAGUUCUAGAGACUAUGAGGUCCCAUUGCAGAACCGUAUUCUUGCUUUUGGGAAAGAACUGCCAUACCCGGAAUUGGACGACGAUGCUGAUUUUUCAAAGAAAGGAGACAUUCGUAGGCAUCCAAGCAUUGACAAGCAGCCUAAUUCUUUAAGUCGUGAUGAGUUUCGAGAGGAGGGAAUGGUAUCCAUGGAUGAGAAUCCAGUUACUCAACAUAGAGAAUUGCAUACAAUAGAGGCAUGCUCACAAUUAACUCAGUCAAGUACUGAGGAAGGAUUUAAUUUGCAUGCGGGAAACAUUAAACCAGUUAGGGAAGGACAUGAGCAAAGUGAUAAUAUGAGUCUAUCCCAAAGGUUGGCAACAAAGACGGUUGAAUCUUGUAAUGAAGAUAAGAUUAAUAUUGCAUAUACAAAUCAGGAAGAGAAAGUUACAUAUAGCUCAUUUGGUGACACAGAGCCUUGUGUUCAUGAUGUCCAUGUCAUUGAUGACGAAUCUCAUAUGUCUAGGGAAGACAGUAUAAAGAAGAGUGAACAGCUUUCAAGGAAUGCUUCCUUAAACCUUUGUAGAAAAGGUGAUAGUCCAACCUUAAGCAGGCCAGAUAUAACUAGUGGACUGCCUCCAAAGGUUCCAUCCCGUAGCAAACCUCCGGUUUCUGAUUUACGGCGAAAGUCAAUGUCUGCGAUAGAUUUUCGUAGAAAUUCAAUGUCUGCAAUUGAUUUUCGUAGAAAUUCAAUGUCUCCAAUUGAUAAUGAAAGGUUAAAAAUUGAUAACGAAGUUGAGUGGCUUCAAGAAAGACUAAGGAUCGUGCAAGGAGAAAGAGAGAAGCUCAACUUCUCUUCGGGGAACAAGGAAAGGGAAAAAGUUCAGUUGCAACUUCUGGAGGAUAUAGCGGGUCAGCUUCAAGAGAUUCGCCAGUUAACAGAGCCUGGAAAAGCGGUACGGCAGGCCUCUUUGCCCCCUCCAUCUUCUAAGGUUAUGUCAAAGAAAAGAUGUUGGCGCAGUGCAUCUUUAGGAGUACGUUGAAGGACUUAUGUAAGGUAUCUCACACCUAGAUGAUGGAUCUGGUUAUGUUGCAUUUAGGAAAUCAGAGCUCCAGUUAACUGAACCCCUCCCCUCCCAAAAAAAAAAAAAAAAAGAAGGGAUAUUUUCAGAGACCUCCAAUACUUUCCUUUUCAGUUUAUUAAAUAUGCUUCUUAAGUCUGUAGGAGUGGCAACUUACCCACUCUCUUAACUUACCACUUUAAAUUAAAUGAAAAUAGUUGCAUGCGUGAUGCGUCUUAAUCAACUAUUUUAGUGACUUUUCUAUUAAUGUCGUUUCUACCCCAUUUGCCUCCAUGUAACAUAUGAGAUUAUUUUUAUCAAUUUUUCUAGCAGUUGCUUGC